GGGCUCCCCGCCAAGAUGCAGCCCCCCGCCCUGGCUGCCUUCACCCUGCUGGCCUCGCUGCAGCUGCUGGAGGUGCGAGGGGAGGGCGCGGCAGGGUCCCAGGUGCUGAGCCCCGCCCCCAGGGACCAGCCCCCCCGGCCUGGCCGCCCCGUCCCCCACCUGGAGCCCCAACCACCCCGCCUGGAGAAGCGCAGCCGGACCCUGGCCCGUCGGGGGCAGCGAGCACUCAAGGCAGCCAGCCCCCACGUGUGUGGAGUGACCUGCUGCCCCGGCUGGAGCCUGGCCCCCAAAACCCAGAAGUGUACAAAAGCCAUCUGCACCCCGAAGUGCCGCAAUGGGGGGCUGUGCCGGGAGCCCCAAGUCUGCACCUGCCGCCCGGGGUUCGCUGGCCGCCGGUGUGAGCAGCUGGUGCCCCCUGAACCCCCCUUGGGUCUCCCCCCAGGGCCCAGCCCCCGCCCAGCCAGCGCCUCCGCCCCGCGCCCCACAGCCACCAAUGCUAGGAGGGCAGCGUCCGUGCACUGGCAGCCACUGACGCUGGCAGAGCUCCAGGCCGUGCUACGGCGCCGGGCCGCCGGCCCCACGGACAAGAUGGCGUCGGUGCUGGCCAAGCACCUGGAAGCCCAGCGGGGCCGAGCCGCCCGCCGCACGCCCCCCCCCAGCACCCGGCCCCCCAAGAGCGGGCAGACCCUGCACCACAGCCCUCAACCUGUCCUGUGCCCCCUGCUCUGCCAUAACGGGGGGGUCUGCAUCAGGAAGGACAAGUGUCUCUGCCCCCCCAGCUUCACCGGCAAGUUCUGCCAGAUCCCGGCCCCCCGGCCCCCGGCCCCGGCCCCAGUGCAGGAGGAAGACAGCCCGGGGGGGCCACAGCCCCUCACCAAAUCCGUCUACACCCUGCCACUCGCCAAUCACCAGCAGGAGCGGGACGGUGCCCUGUCCAUGGUGAACGUCCAUGUGCAGCAUCCCCCCGAGGCCUCGGUGACCAUCCACCAGGUGGAGCGGGUGAGUGAGCCCAGUGCCCCGCGGGAGCCGCCCGCCAACGCCCUCUACAGUGUCCUGGCCCAGAGCAGCCCCCGCGCCAGCGGGUACAACGAGGACGCCGGCUACGGGUACUGCUUCCGGCAGCUCCACGCCGGGGAGUGCAGCGCUCCCCUGCCCGGCCUGCGGACUCAGGACGUCUGCUGCCACGGUGCCGGCGUAGCCUGGGGCGUCCACGAGUGUCUGCCCUGCGCCACCCAGACAGCGAAUGCUCCUGCCGUGGGGCAGCAGGAGGCCCCAUGCCCCAAAGGUUUCCAGCGACUCAAUGGCUCCUGCCAGGAUGUGGACGAGUGCCAGGAGGGCGGGUUCUGCCAGAACGGGCUUUGCACCAACGCGCCUGGCAGCUUCUCCUGCCUCUGCCACACGGGCUACAUCCUUGACUCCUCCCGCAGCAGCUGCAUCUCCCACCACGUGAUCUCGGAGGCCAAGGGCCCCUGCUACCGGGUCCUGCGGGACGGCGCCUGCUCCCUGCCCACCCUGCGCAACAUCACCAGGCAGAUCUGCUGCUGCAGCCGCGUCGGCAAGGCCUGGGGCUGGGGCUGCCAGCGCUGCCCGCUCUUCGGCUCCGAUGGCUUCAAGGAGAUCUGCCCAGCGGGUCCCGGCUACCAGUACUCUGCCUCCGACCUGCGCUACAACACCCGCUUCCUGGGCCCCCACCUGCCCCGCGUGCCCGUCAGCCGCCAGCAGGGGGGGCGCACGGCCGCCCCACCCGCCACGGCCCGCUGGAGUGCCCAGCCCACGGCACCGGGGGGGCAGCGCCCUGCCCAGCCCCCCCCAACCCUGCCACCUGCCCCCAAAGCUGCCCAAGAGGGUCCAACCUCAGAGCCCAGCAGCGUGUGUGAGCGGAACCCCGAGAUCUGCGGCCCGGGGCGGUGCGGCCCCCGCCAGGGCGGCUACACCUGCCUCUGUCACCCCGGCUUCUGGCUCAGCACCCAGGGCACCCACUGCAUUGACAUGGACGAGUGUCGGCAGAGCCCGCACCCCUGCGCCAACGGGCACUGCGAGAACACCGUGGGGAGCUACCGCUGCGUCUGCACCCCCGGCUACCGCUCUGCCCCGCCGGGCACUGAGUGCCGAGACAUCGAUGAGUGUGCCCAGAGCCCCCGCCCGUGCGCCCAAGGCCGUUGUGAGAACACGCCUGGCUCCUACCGCUGCGUCUGCCCCACCGGGUACCGGCCCAACCCCCCUGGCACCAGCUGCACUGACAUCGACGAAUGCGCCCAGAUCCCCCGCCCGUGUGCCCAGGGCCUCUGCGAGAACACGGCCGGGAGCUACCGCUGCACCUGCCCCCGGGGCUUCCGCGCCAGUCCGUCCGGCAGCGAGUGCCUGGACCUGGACGAGUGCCAGCGCAGCCCCCCACCCUGCGAGCCUGGGCGCUGCGAGAACGUGGCCGGCGGGUACCGCUGCCUCUGCCCCAGCGGCUUUCGCCCCAGCCCCGCGGGCACCGAGUGUGUGGACGUGGACGAGUGCCGGCAAAGUCCACGGCCCUGCAGCUAUGGGCGCUGCGAGAACACGCCCGGCGGGUAUCAGUGCGUCUGCCCGUCCGGCUUCCGGCUCGACCCCCAGCAGCGCCAGUGCCAGGAUAUCGAUGAGUGCGAGAACCACCUGGCCUGCCCGGGGCAGGAGUGUGUCAAUGUGCCCGGCUCCUUCCAGUGUCUGCCCUGCAGGGAUGGGCACCGGCUCCAGAACGGGCACUGCACAGACAUUGACGAGUGCGCGACAGGCUCGCCCUGUGGCCCCCACGGCCACUGCUCCAACACCGAGGGCUCUUUCCGCUGCCAGUGCGGCCAGGGGUACCGGGCGGGUGCACCGGGGGGCCCCUGUGCAGAUGUCAACGAAUGCCUGGAGGGCGAGUUCUGCUUCCCGCACGGCGAAUGUCUCAACACCGACGGCUCCUACACCUGCCUGUGUGCCCCAGGCUUCGCCCCUGUGCCAAGCGGCACCGCCUGCCUCGAUGUUGAUGAGUGCCAGCGCGGGGGUGUGUGUGAGGGCGGGCGCUGUGCCAACACAGACGGCUCCUUUGACUGCCACUGCCGGGCCGGCUUCCGUGCCAGCCCCGACAAGCGCACCUGCCAGGAUGUGGACGAGUGCCAGGAGUACGGGGGCGCCCUCUGCGGGGCCCAGCGCUGCGAGAACCAGCCCGGCUCCUACCGCUGCGUCCCCGCCUGCGAGCUGGGCUACCGGGCCGGUGCUGCCGGGGCCUGUGUCGACGUGGACGAGUGUGCGAACGGGACGCUGUGCGGGGACCAUGCCAUGUGCCACAACCUGCCUGGCUCCUUCCAGUGUCUCUGCGACCAGGGCUACGAGACUGCCCAUGACGGGCGCCACUGCCAGGAUGUGAACGAGUGUGAGACGCUGCAGGGCGUGUGUGGGGCCGAGCUCUGCGAGAACGUGGAGGGCUCCUUCCUCUGCAUUUGCCCCAGCAGCGCCCAGGAGUUUGACCCCAUGACAGGUCGCUGCACCCACCCGCCCAGCCCCCCCCAGCUUCCCGGUCGCCUGCCUGCCCCCCAGCCCGAGCCCGAGCCUGGAGCACCUGUGCGGGACCCCAGCCGCCAGGAGUGCUACUACCAGGCCUGCGAGAAGGUGCUGGCUAGGAAUGCCACCCGCCAGGAGUGCUGCUGCAGCCUGGGGCACACCUGGGGCACGGCCUGUCCGGCCCAGCCCUGCCCCCACCCGGGCACAGUGGAGUACCAGGCCCUGUGCCCCCGUGGGAACGGCUACGCCGCGCCAGGACCCCUCGCCGCGCUCACAGACAUGGACGAGUGUGCGCUAUUCAACACCCAGCUGUGCCGGGGGGGCGUCUGCGUUAACAAGGCCCCCGGCUACGCCUGCUACUGCCCCAACGGCUACUACUAUGAGACGCACCACCUGGAGUGCAUUGAUAAUGACGAGUGCCUUGACGAGGAGGCAGAACCCUGCGUGGGCGGGGGCUGCGUGAACACCAUCGGCUCCUUCUACUGCGCCUGCACCCCUCCCCUCGUGCUGGACGGGUCCCAGCGCCGCUGCGUGGCCAACGACAGCCAAGCCCUGGACGAGAACCAGGCCGUGUGCUGGCAGGAGGUGGGGCCGGAUCUGGUCUGCAGCCGCCCGCGCCUUGACCGGCAGGUCACCUACACCGAGUGCUGCUGCCUCUACGGGGAGGCCUGGGGCAUGGACUGCGCCCUGUGCCCCGCCCGAGACUCAGAUGACUUCGAGGCUCUGUGCAACGUCCUGCGCCCCCCGAGCUACGGCCCGGCCCGGCCCAGCCUGGGGCUGCCCUACGAAUAUGGCCCCGAGUUCGUCCCAGGCUACGGGCUGCCCUAUGGCCCUGAGCUGUUUGCCAGCUCCGCGGCACGGGGCCCCCAGCCUGGUCUGCGCCCCGACUAUGACCCCUACGCCCUGGGGGGCUACGCCGGGCGCCGCGACUCGCUCUACAGCUCCCCCACCUACGAGGCCGGCGACUUCGAGGACGUGGCCUACGUGGACGCCCGCCCGGAGGAGCCGCCCGCCCCCUACCGGCACCCUGACACCCCCCGCACCUACCGGCCCCGCAGCCCCCCGGACCCUGAGCCCGGCCCGGCCUGGCACUACCCCCCCAACCCUGCCAGCCCCUUCCCCGAGCAGCCAGGCCAGGCCAGCGAGACCCACACCGAGCGGUUCGAGGGGCUGCAGGCCGAGGAGUGCGGGGUCCUGAACGGCUGCGAGAACGGACGCUGUGUCCGCGUCCCCGAUGGCUUCACCUGCCACUGCCACCCCGGCUUCCGGCUGGACGCCGCCCACAUGGCCUGCCUGGAUAUCGACGAAUGCGCCGAGGCCGAAGGCCCCCCCGAGCUCUGCCUCAACGGGCGCUGCCUGAACACUGACGGCUCCUAUCGCUGCCUCUGCCCCCGCGGCUACGUCCUCACCCCGCCCCCCCUCUCCUGUGCCCCCGCCCGGCCCCAGGCCUGAGGGGCGGCUGGAGAGCCCGUGCCGGGGGGCGGGGGCGGGAGGUAUUUAUUGUGCGGCUCUAGGGCUGCCCACCCCCUGGGAACAGGGGGCAUGGGCCCCCAGGGGGUGAGUCCCCAGGGGUUGGGGCCAAGCGAUUCCCCCCUGGGACGUGAAUCCCAGUCUGCCCCUCGGGCUCAGGGAGCAACUCCAGCUGGCAGCACUAGGAGGCUGUUACCCUGUUGUCCUCUCCAGCAGGCUGACCCUGUCGGGGGGGGGGGUUGGGGGUCACUGUCCAUCCCUGGGGGCCGCAUGAGGCUUCUCUCCAGUCAGUGGGCCCCCCAGCCCCCUCACCUAGACCCCCCCCACAGCUCUCUGAGGCGAUUUGCCCAGCGGCCCACCCAGCCGGGACCCCAAGGCUCUGGGUGGGGUGACAGGUGUGGGGCUGUCACAGGAGGCAGGUGGCAACUGGAGGGCGCCUUGGCCAAGUGUUCCCCAUGGGGUGGGGGGACCCUGGGCCUGUGUGUUGCGGGGCUGGCGUCCAAGUUACUCCCCUUCCCUCCCCUGGGAGAACCAGCCUCACCCUCCCGCAUCGCCCUGGGGGCCCCAGCCUGGCGGGAGGGGCUGGGGGGCUCGGGGCGCACUGGUGAGGGACGGGGUUCUCCGUGCACCCAGCCCUGGGAAUGGGGCAUCAGCCAGUGGCUGGUGGGAAACAAAGAGUUAACAGCAUGUGGCUCCAGGGCACCCCCACCCCGCUCAGGCCAGCUGCACUGGCCCCCACUCAGCCCCGGGGCGUUGCUAUAGCUCCCGGCCCCUGGGUCUCCCCCCACCUUGUUACAGGAAUAAAGGUUUUCUAUAAAAGGAA